AAAAAAACAGGUAGCAGGUGGGACAGGUGCAAAAUCCAAAGCCAAACUCCACUGUGAAAGAUUGUCCUUCGUUGAGGCCAUAGAAGAGAAGAGAAGAAAUGUGAAAGAAUAAAGAGGCCAAAAUCAGAGAUGGCAAACCCUAGAAGGAUUUCAUUUUCCCCUUCCGGUAACCAGCAGCAACUUCCAAUCUCCGCCGCCGCCGGAUUUCAGAAUCAGACAUCAACCCAAAUGUCAAGUUUGAUAUCCUUCCUGAAGAAACCCCAUGCUUUCCCUUUCCUCCUUUCCCUCUUCCUUUUCCUCACUUGGGUUUCCCUCAGAUUCCAACGUCCCUCAGAUUCAAGUCAUCAGCGGGAAGAGUGGCAUCCUGCCAAGUUUCAUUCUUCUGGUUCAGAUCAAAUGGCUAAUCUUUUGAGGUUCCCAGCUUCCUCUUCUUCCAUUGCUAAAGAUAAACGUGGCUGGUUGCUCAACCCCAUUUCCCUUGCCCUUGAUUCUGCCCUUUCAGGUGGGGCAGCAGGCUGUGCUUCAGUUCAUUUGGGCGAGAUCAGACCCGGUGGUGUUAGGGGCAACCACAGGCACCACACAUGCAAUGAGACAUUUGUUAUUUGGGGAGCUAAGACAGUGUUCCGGCUGGAAAAUGAUGCGGUCAAAAAUGGCUACGCUGAAGUAAUAAUUGGUGCAGAUGAAGUUGCUGUUGCAGUCAGCCCCCACGGAACUGCUCAUGCUCUAGUAAAUGUUGAUCCUGUGAAGAGUACAUACUUCAUGGGGUGCCAGGAUAGUAUAAUCAACUACAAUGGCUCAACGACUGACUUUAAUGUGUGGAAAGAUCUAUAGGUUUUCAAUGUUAUAUUUUCAUGGUCGCUCCAAUAAGUUAGCUGAAGUUUAGUGUGGCAAUUGAGUAGGUUAUUUUCUUGCCAGGUUUUCAAGUUUUGGGUUUUAAAGGGGGUGAAUUAGUUUAGCUAGUGUAGAUCUGGGAACUAUGUACAUAAGGCAUAGCUGCUAUUAAUUGGGUUUCUUCCUUUCUUUAACAAGGUUUGUGCAUACACAGUUUAUGAUAAAAAGUACAAGGCCCUCCUUGGAAAUCA